UCUGUGUAAAAUACUAAUAGAGCUAUGGAAAAGGAAGUUCAACAAAAAAGUUCGAGUAAUUGUAAAACUUGCCAAGCACGUGUGCUUAACAUUUCCGGAAAAGUGGAGUCAAGCCAAAGCGUUUCCUGUCUUGAAAAUAAAAUUCUAUCGGUUCCUGAUCUGCCAGUAAUAAGCCCAAAAUCAUUUCCGAUUAUAAUGGGUAGAAUACCAUUGAGAUCUAAUUGCCCGCCGGAACCCGUAACAAAAGUGAAUCUAACCGACUUUGAGCAGAAUCUGUGCUUCUUGUGCAUGGAGAAACCAUCGUUGGGAAAGCGAGUGUAUCACAUGUUCGUCACAAAUGAAAUGGAUAUAGAAAAGGACUAUCUGAAGGUGCGAAAAACCUACAAGAAAAGAAAGGACAUCGUAAUCGUGGACCAGCUAACACUUUACACACUUUGUGCGCGAUCGUUGUACCACAGAGUUCAGAAUAAGUUGACCGAUGUCAAGUGGAAUAAGCACCGAAAUGUUUUUGAGAUGAAAAAGAUUGGGCUAAAGGACAAUUUGAACCUUUGGAACAAGUUGUAUGCGCUGGAAAACGAAGAGAGGGCAAAGCUAUUUAACUAUACUAAGUUCCUAAGCGCAACGAACAGCUAAACAUAUUUGUUUUCAUAUCACUUUUACUUUAAAUGAUAUUAUUCAAUUUAAAAAUUUGUCAAAUAAAGUUAUAUGCAUCAGAUGGUCCACCCUAAUCAAAAAA